CAUGCUAGGGUCAGGAAGACCAGGUUCUACAAAGCUAGACACGCCAGUGUCUGGAAGAUCAGGUUCCACAAAGCUAGACACGCAAGUGUCAGAAAGACCAGGUUCCACAAAGCUUGACAGGCCACUGUCAGAAGGACCAGGUUCCGCAAAGCUUGACAUGCCAGUGUCAGGAAGAUCAGGUUCCGCAAAGCUUAACACGCAAGUGUCAGGAAGACCAGGUUCCACAAAGCUAGACACGCCAGUGUCAGGACGACCAGGUUCCGCAAAGCUUGACACGCCAGUGUCAGGACGACCAGGUACUGCAAAGCUAGACGCGCAAGUGACAGGAAGACCAGGUUCCACAAAGCUAGACACGCCAGUAUCAGGACGACCAGGUAUUGCAAAGCAAGACGCGCAUGUGACAGGAAGACCAGGUUCCACAAAGCUUGACCCGCCAUUGUCAGGAAGACCAGGUUCCACAAAGCUAAACAUUGAAGUGUCAGGAAGACCAGGUUCCGUAAAGCUUGACACGCAAGUGUCAGGGAGACCAGGUUCCACAAAGCAAUACACGCCAGUAUCAGGAAGACUAGGUUCCACGAAGCAAGACACGCCAGCGCCAGGAAGACCAGGUUCAACAAACCAAGACACGCCAGAGUCUGGAAGACAAGGAUCCACAAAGUUUGACACGCCAGUGACAGUAAGACCAGGUUCCACAAAGCAAGACACGCCAGUAUCAGGAAGACCAAGUUCCACAAAGAAAGACAUGCUAGUAUUAGGUAGACCUGCCUCAACAAAGUCAACCACGCCAGUGUCAGGAAGACCAGAUUCCAGAAAGCUUGACACGCCAGUGUCUGGAAGACAAGGUUCCACAAAGCUAUACACGCCAGUGUCAGGAAGAGCAGGUUCCACAAAGCUUGACACGCCAGUGUUAGGAAGACCAGAUUCCAGAAAGCGUGACACGCCAGUGACAGUAAGACCAGGUUCCACAAAGCUAGACACGCCAGUGUCAGGAAGACCACGUUCCACAAAGCUUGACACGUCAGUGUCAGGACGACCAUGUUCCACAAAACUAGACACGCCAGUGCUGGGAAGACCUGCCUCCACAACGUCAAUCACGCCAUUGUCUGAAAGAGCUGUCCCAACAAAGCCAGUUACUUCUAUGUCUGAAAGAGCUGCUUCAACAAAACUAGUAACUCCAUUGUCGGGAAGGCCUGCCUCAACAAAGCCAGUGACUCCAUUGUCGGGAAGACCUGCCUCAACAAAGCCAGCCACACCAUUGUCUGAAAGAGCUACCUUAACAAAGCCAGUGAUUUCAUUAUCGGGAAGACCUUGCUUAACAAAUCCAGCCACUCCAUUGCCGAGAAGACCUGCCUCAAUAAAGCCAGCCACACCAGUGUCAGUAAGAACUGCCUCAACAAAGUCAAUGACUCCAGGGUCGGGAAGACCUGCCUCAACAAAGCCUGGCACGCCAGUGUCGGUAAGACUUGCCUCAACAAAGCCAGUGACUCCAUUUUUGGGAAGACAUGCCUCAACAAAGCCAGCCACGCCAUUGUCUGAAAGACCUACUUCAACAUCAACAAAGCCAAUCACGCCAGUGUUUAUAAGACCUGCCUUAACAAAGCCAGACACGACAAUGACAGUAAGACCUGCCUCAACAAAGCCAGUGACUUCAUUGUCGAGAAGACCUGCCUCAACAAAGCCAGACACGCCAUUGUCGGGAAGACCUGCCUCAACAAAGCAAGCCACGCCAUUGUCUGAAAGACCUAGCUCAACAAAGCCGACCAAUCCCGUGUCAGUAAGACCUACCUCAACAAAGCCAGUGACUCCAUUGUCGAGAAGACCUACCUCAACAAAGCCAGUAACUUUAUUGCCGGGAAGACCUACCUCAACAAAGCCAGUAACUCCAUUGCCGGGAAGAGCUGCCUCAACAAAGCCAGUGUCGGAAAGACCUGCCUCAACAAAGUCAGUGACUCCAUUGUCGGGAAGACUUGUCUCAACAAAGCCAGUCACGCCAGUGUCGGUAAGACCUGCCUCAACAAAGCCAAACACGCCAUUGUUGGUAAGACCUGCCUCAACAAAGCCAACCACGCCAGUGUCAGUAAAACCUGCCUCAACAAAGCCAGAUAGGCCAGUGUCGGUAAGGCCUGUCUCAACAAAACCAAAUACGCCAUUGUUGGUAAGACCUGCCUCAACAAAGCCAGUGACUACAUUGCCGGGAAGACCUGCCUCAACAAAGCCAGACACGCCAGUGUCACUUAGACCUGCCUCAACAAAGCCAGACACGCCAGUGUCGGUAAGAUCUGCCUCAAAAAAGCCAACCACGCCAUUGUCGGUAAAAUCGUCCGCACGAGGAGAACUGCCACUAAGGGAACGAAAGACGUCUGACAGGACAAAUUCAACAAGAUUAAGGACGGAAACAAUGUCGUCUGCUUCCACAACUUCCGCCACCUCAAAAAGAACAAAGAUGUUGCCUGCUGCGUCUGCUAGUUACGAGACCAUUAGCUCACGUGCGUCAACAUCAUCCGCCUACAACGCAAAUCAUGACCUUGACCUAUACACAUCCGAUGACGAUUUUGAGUACGAAAGUGCUCCGAGUUCUUUGUCCUAAUCUUAUGACAACGUUAGAGAAUAUCAGUUUGAAUGAAUAAAAAAUUAAAAUGUA